AAGAGAGCACGGCUGCGUCCGAAAUAACAUACUUAUCUACCAUAUAGUAGGCGAGUUUUGUUGGAAGGUUUCCCAACAGAUACGGUUUCCUUCAGUCUGACACACGCGCGCGAGGGGAUCACACUAGGCUUUAAGCGUGCGUAUUUUUGUCAGACACCGCUGCGAAUAUGGGCGGGAAAAGGAUAUGACAUCAAUAUUGUUUAAAAUAUUUAUUUCAGUGUUAAAAUAUACCAUAUCCAUGUAUGCAUAUUUUUAUUUUAGAUUCUUUUAAAGCUGGGUUCUAUAAAUCGGAAUGGUGCGACGAUAUAAUCAGUGCUCCCUCCAUCUUGGAUUUUCUAAAGAGGUCAGUCCGUGAUGUGUCGGAUCUUCUAUUGGUCAACGUCUUUACGUGAUACAAACUGUCAGGUCAGAGUUCACCAGACUUGAACUUUAGAACACAGUGAAUGCGGUUCCGGUCACGCCGAUGUGCUUAGCCACAUUAUUACAGCACUUCUCGGAGAUACACACUGCAGUAUUUAUUCUCCUGUGUAAAGAUGGAUGAGUAUGACAUUAUUGAUGCUGCUGAAAUUGAAGAAAUUAAAAGGUCACUGGCCACUGAAGAUCUGCCAUCAGCUGUUGACAAGAUUAAGGAUUAUUUUGCGCAACAAGAUCGUGUGGAACUGAACAUUGCUGUAACAGGAGAAUCUGGAUCUGGAAAAUCGACAUUUAUUAAUGCCUUCAGGGGUUUAGGGGAUGAGGAUGAAGGCUCUGCAGAAACUGGUCCUGUAGAGACCACUACAGAGCCUACUGCUUAUCCUUACCCAAAAUUCCCAAAUGUCAAAUUGUGGGAUCUCCCUGGCAUUGGAACCCCCAGAUUCAAAGCUGAUGAAUAUCUCAAACAGGUUCAAUUUGAACAGUAUGAUUUUUUCAUCAUCAUAGCAUCAGAUCGUUUCAGAGAAUGCCACGCCAGUCUGGCAGAAGAGAUACUAAAAAUGGAAAAGAAGUUUUAUUUUGUUCGCUCAAAGAUUGACAACAAUAUUGAGGCUGAAAAAAGAAAGAAAACAUUUAACAAAGACAAGACACUGGAUACAAUCCGAGACAACUGCAUUAAAGGUCUAGAAGUGAUUGGUCUAAAGUCUCCUGCGGUCUUCCUGAUCUCUUGCUUCGAACUCAGUCUCUAUGAUUUCAACCGUCUUGAGGAGACCAUGGAGAGGGAACUUCCCCAGCACAAGAGAGAUGUACUGAUGCUGGCGCUUCCAAACAUCACUCUGGAGAUCAACAAGAGGAAAAAGAAGGCACUGCAGAGCAACAUAUGGAAGUUGGCUCUGCUCUCUGCCUCGAUUGCAGCUGUGCCGAUACCUGUUGUAAAUGCAGCUGCAUCAAUCACUGCAGAUGUAACCAUCUUGGUGACAGAGCUUAAGAAAUAUUACACUGCCUUCAGUUUGGACCCAGAUUCCUUACAGAAGCUUUCUGAGAGAUCAGGGAAGUCAGUAGAUGAGCUAAAAGCUGUCCUGAAAUCUCCUCUAAAUCAAGAAAUAACCAACGAUGUGGUUAUUAGAUUGCUGACAAGUUCAAGUCUUUUAGCCGUAGAAUCAGCAGCAGAAUACUGGCUGGGUUUAAUUCCUGUUGUGGGAUCUCUAACAGCUGGGCCACUGUCCUUUGCUACCGUUUACUACAUACUGCAGCGUUGUCUUAAUGAGCUCACUGAAGAUGCCCGCAAUGUGCUCAUGGUUGCUUUGCAAACACCAGUAUAAAUAUGUUUAAAAAAUAAUAAUGUGCCAUUCAACAUCCCCAUAUAUUCUUAUUGUAAUGAAGUAAAUGCCAUUUAGACAUCAUAAUCAUUUAAAUAAGUUGAUUUCUAAUUAUGACUAUUUCUUAAUUUUAAUCUAUCGUAUUUUAUUUACUGUUUUUACAGUUUGUGGUGUCACACAUGAAUCAACUUAAAUACAGUUUAUAAUUUAAGUAUGUUGUUGUCUGACCAGUUUGAGAAAUGCUGUUUAUGAUUGCUCAUUACAUAUAUACAUUAUAUAUAUAUAUAUAUAUAUAUAUAUAUAAAUUAUAUAUAUAUAUAUAUAUAUAUAUAUAUAUAUAUAUAUAUAUAUAUAUAUAUAUAUUAUGAUUUAUGAUGUCGAGUGUACCCGAAAGUAACCAGAGUAAAUAAUUAUCCUGGGUAGAAAAGAAUACAGAAACAAAUACAACUACCUGUUGUAUCAUUGUAACCAUGACAACAAUGUUUUCUGCAGGUCACUAAUCAAAACAAUACAAUUAUUUUAAUUAAAACAAUAAAAUUAUAUAAGGCGCUUUUUACCAUACAAAUUGUUUUGGAGCUAACGUUCUAAUGACAUGAAAUUUCCAACUGAAAAUUUCAUCUAAUGAAGGAAUGAAUGAAUGGCUUGCAUUUUAUAGCUCCCAUGCAGCAAUAAUCUGCUGAAAUCAGGUGUUUGGUAAUGUCAAACUUUUUCACAUUUUAGCACAUAUUGUGAGUGUGGGGUAUUAUUUAGUUUUUGUCAUAUAAAAAAAAUGUGUAAUUUUUCUCUUAAUAUUAACACUUGCAAGUCUUCAGCAGUCUGAGCACCUUUCAGGGUAGUCCUAAAGUGAUUCCUGCUCUUCAGAAUAUUCCAACUUGGUUGGAAGUUCAUGGCAGGCAUAUGCAUACACACACACACACAAACAAGCAGAUAUCCAUGUGUUUCACACCACACCUGGCUGCUAUCCAGGGUUCAUAUAACCACAUGCUUAUGUAAUUUACUUUCUAAUAAACUAUCAACUCUGUGUAUGUAAAAGGCAAAGAGUUCAUUUUAAUGACAUAUUGGUAAACUGUUUUCAUGGACAUAAAAAUUAAGCUUAUCCGUUUCUUCCUAUCUAAAAACAUAUUGGUAGUUGGUUGGGCUACUAAAUACACAUCCAACGUGUACUCCUGCAUCAUGCUCAGUGUUCUCGGGAUAGUCUCCAGAUCUACUGUGACCCUGACUAUGAUGAAGAGGUUACUGAAGAUGAAUGCAUGAAUGAAAGCAGUAAUUAACACCUCAUGGCCAUGAAUAUCAGUAUAAACUGUAUCUCAAAAGAAUUAGCACUUUUGCAUCACUUCCUCUGGUUAGCAUUGCCAAAAGUAACAGAUACAAACACUGCAAUUACUUCAGUGGAGGUUUUCUAGUUUGGCAUGAUACAAUGUGCAUAAAUUUCAUUUCAAUGUGAUUUCCUGCAUAAGCAUCAGAAUGAAGUAACCUUUACCUCUGGCAGGGAACUGUCAGCACAGGCAUUGGAAGACUUGCAAAGUCACCUAGCUUCAGGACCUCAACUCCUGGCUAUUCAGAUGGAGAGCAGAGUCCUGAUCCAGGUCUCUAUCACUGCAGGUGGGAUUUUCUUUGUACCUUUUAAACAGAGCUGUUCCUGAACUCUGCCUUAAAGGAUGUAGGUGAUGAUGAAGAAAGAGUGAUAUAGAAAUCAUGCAAAACACAGGGAUUAACCUAAAUACAUCGGUGACAUGGUGUAUUUAAUUAAAGAACAUCACUUUUUUUAUCUACAAUAUUGCAAUAAAGUGCCUCUACAUUUCAAGGACACAAAGACUCUUUUGGCUCUUACUGGAACACAAAAACAUCUGUAAUAUGCACCACAGUACAGUUUUGUUAAGAAGCAUGAAAUGAGAUUCUGUAAUGUAAUCAGUGAAGGAAUUCUGAAAUAAGUUUCCCAGCAGCCAUUGCAUCACAAUCACAUGACCAGCUGUACCGGAAUCAUUUUUCUAUUAAUUGACCACUCCUGUAUAUAGCCACAGUUUGCACUGCACUCUUUUUUCACGUUUGUAUUUAUUUACCUUUGUCCCUGUUGCCGUGUUUUGUUCUUUGGUUUUCGUUUAGUCUUUGGCACAGUGUUUUGCCUUAAAGUCAUAGUGUCUUUUUUAUUUUUGAUUUGUUCUUUAUUAAACUUUUUAAGUUCUGCACUUGCAUCUGUCUCAACCUCCAAUCGUGACAUAUUCUUCCUUUGAAAUACCAUUGUUUGACAUUAUAGUUAUAACAAAUUAUAUAUUUAUAUUCUAUUUAUAACAAAUGACAUGUUUUAAACAAUCAACUCUGUGAAUUUGUAAAAGGCAUUCAUUCAGUCCCUCCAGGAUUUUGUGAUCGCAGAAAUGAACACAAAAAUCAAGAAAACUCCACAAUAAUUGUGGGAGCUUGCCAUUUUUUUUUUUUAAUUAUCGUAGAUUUGGGCCAAGAUGUGUCAUGUGACGACAUCACAAUGAGCAUUCAGCCAAAGCCCCCCUUCAAUUCAUGUGCAUCGAACAUGAGUACAGCUAAAAGAUCUCAUUUACCAACAAACACCACUGUGAGAGUCUGUGUAAUUGCAUUUUCACCAAUUCAAGUAGUUUUGUGCAAAACAGCACAAAAACUCAGCAAAAUGCAUCGCAAAUUUCCAGAGAGAAAAAAGCCACAAUAAAAUCAAGCAUUUUUGGUUGCAACAAUUACAAAAAAACUCCAUGAAUUCCUGUAUGGACUGUUCAUUUUAUUUUUCCUUACCUGUGUUUGACCGUGGACUGUUUACUCUGUGUUUGAACCUGUGCUGCCUGCCUUUUCUUCUGCUACAUUUAUAUGGAUAUUUCCUGUGUUUGCUUGCUGCCUGCCCUGACCUUUUACCUGUUUGUGACUAUGUCUCUGGGUUUGCCUUGUAUAUUGAGCUGUGCCUGUGAUCUACUUCUUCCUGUCGGUACUUUUGCUGUUCUAUUUAAUAAAGCUGCACAUGGAUCCUCA